AAUUAAGUUUUUUUUUUCUUCUCUAGGCCAAAACUAAAUAGUUCGAAGUUCAUUCAAAUUCUAUAGUGCUAGUGAAGUGAGUGAGAAUAACUCGGAAGCAUUGCAUUUUGCUGUGUUUGAAUUGCAGGUGUGUGUGUGAGAGAGAAUGGGUUCUUCAGUAGGAGGCAAUGGCGUGGAGUGGCACGUGCGUCCUCCAAACCCUAAAAACCCAAUCGUCUUCUUCGAUGUCACCAUCGGUAACAUACCCGCCGGUAGAAUCAAAAUGGAACUCUUCGCUGAUAUUGCCCCCAAAACCGCUGAGAAUUUCAGGCAGUUCUGCACGGGGGAGUACAGGAAAGCAGGACUUCCUAUUGGUUACAAGGGUUGUCAAUUUCAUAGAGUGAUUAAGGAUUUUAUGAUUCAGGCUGGUGAUUAUGUAAAGGGUGAUGGUAGUGGAUGUGCUUCAAUCUACGGACUUAAGUUCGACGACGAGAAUUUCACUGCCAAACACACUGGACCUGGUCUUCUAUCAAUGGCAAAUAGCGGACCAAAUACCAAUGGCUGUCAGUUCUUUAUAUCCUGUGCAAAAUGCGACUGGCUGGACAACAAGCAUGUCGUUUUUGGGAGAGUACUUGGAGACGGUCUUUUGGUCGUGAGGAAGAUUGAGAAUGUUGCAACUGGACCCAAUAACCGGCCAAAAUUAGCUUGUGUCAUUGCUGAAUGUGGUGAAAUGUAAAUUUCAAAGUAACUUCGCUAACAAACUAUAAAAUUGAUUGAAUCCCUUAGACACGGGAUUUCUAUACAAAGGAUAUUUCUUUCUGGUUAGUGAAUCUAUAUAUUUGGUCUGUAAGACUGAUAAUUUUGUCAUGAAUUAGUUGAAUAGCACAGCUAAUUGAAUAAUCGUGCAUGGGAAUUA